AUAGAGUUCACACCGUCUCGUUCAUCAGAAACCGCAUCAGAUGAGUGAUCCUCGCUUUCCGGUCGAAGUCCGAGUUAUCGGAGUAAUGAAGAAAGGCAAAGACAAGUUCAUGACAUCCGUGCUGUGGUCAGACCAGAGUGAGUUAAUAGUGUACAGAUCUUUCCGGGACUUCAAAGCGCUCCAUAGGCAACUGAAAAAGAAGUUUCCUGUGGAUAACUAUGAAGAUAGAGUGCUUCCCAGAUUUGGAGCCCAGUGCAUGGUGACUUCAUUUCAGCUGAAAGGUCUGGCUAAGUCAGUAUCUCGUCUAAGGUGUCUGGAGAAAUACUGUUCCAGUCUGUUGCAGUGUGGCACGACUGUGUCACAUUCCUCAGAAGUCAUUAAAUUCUUCUUGCCUACUGAACAGGAGCUUCUGCCAGAAUAUACCCAGAACAGUGUGAUGAUUCUGCAAUCAGACAACAUCAACACUGUCAGCGGAGGACCUGACUUGGCGAAUAAACGUCUGAGCAAUGGCAAUGUGACCCAGCCUUUUGUAUCCAAGACAUAUCGAUGUGUGGCUCCAUAUGAGACCAAAGAUACAAAGAACAGGCCAUUCAAAGUAACUGUGGAUGAAAGACUGGACGUGCUGAUCAAAGACAAAGCAGGUUGGUGGCUUGUUGAGAAUGAGGAUAAAUGUCUAGCUUGGUUUCCUGCUCCCUACUUGAAGUUAUGUGAUGAGGAUGAGGAUGAGUUUGAUUCAGCUACCUUUGAAAGUUCGCUGUACUGUGUUACAAGAAGUUACACCUCGAAAAAAGAGGACGAGCUCUCUCUGAGCAUUGGCGCUGUUGUGGAGGUGUUACAGAGAUCUGAUAAUGGCUGGUGGCUUGUUAGAUAUAACAGAAAGGUAGGCUAUGUGCCCUCCAUGUACCUGAAGCUCUACAGCAGCCCCCGUUUUGGCCUUCAGACUCUUCAGAGGAAACUUCACAGCUCCACUAUCCACCAGUCUGCCAACAGCUCUUUAAAACUGGAGCCUCAGGUCCACUCACGAAGCAGAAUGAAUAGUUUCCUCAAAUCAAACUCUCUGGAAAUGCUGUCAGAGCCGGUACAGCACGAGGAAGCUAGCAGCUUCAGCGAUGAUGGAACAGACUUCAGCUUCAGUUCCUCAGACACCACCUCCAUGAGCCCAAGCAUGUCCAGCUCAGAGUGGGAAGAGGGCCUGAGACAGCAGGAUAAAGAGUCAGACAGCAAUGAUAGUGGUAUGUCCAGUGGCCAGUCAACCCCCACCAACUCAGACACUGGUCACCCUAUGAAAGGAGUCGGAGCUCCCAGGGUGCCACCCAGACCACAAACUCAGGAGAUCCUACGUCGCUGCACGGCCUACACUCGUAAAGCUGCUCUGGCAACCUCUGCUCACCUGGCCCCUGAAAGUGAAGUCAUGGUAGAUGAAGUGAGAGUAUGAAAGAGGUGAGAGAGCAUUUGGGUGCAUAUGACAAUGAGAGACUCUUUCCUUUUUGUGCCUUUUUUUUUUUUUGAUCGUCUUUUGAGUAUGAUACCACAAUAUUAAUCUGAGGUUUUUGUGAUCUCUUUUAAUCCUUGG